GCGGCGCCGCAGCCAUGGAGGGAGGCGGCGGCGGCGGCUCCGGUGGCUACGCUGGGAGGUGGCGGUAAGCGGCUCCCACGCCCCCGGCCCGGCCCCGGCCCCCAGGGACGGAGCGCCGAGCAGCCCCGAGUGCGGGCUGCGGACUAUGGGCGAGCAGCGCUGACCACCCGGGGAAGCCCUCCUGAUUCAGCAAGCCACAGCCCGUGAGAUCUGAACAGCUGCAGAUCCUUGAGGCAGAAGUACCUUUAUCAGCACCCCCUGGAGACAGAUCUAGAAAGAGACCUUCAGAUUGGAUUUACUGCCUGAUGCUGGGUCAGCAGAAUCAGUCCUGUGUGUUAGGAAGGAGAGGCGUCUGCACAGGCCAUCUGGACUCCGAAUCAUCAAGGAAGUGAGAGGAAACUUACCCUAGUGCUUUUGCCCUGCUAAGUUCUGAGGGAGCUAGGAGCUGUUCUUGAAAUACAUUGGGCCACCAAAAAGACUGUGCUGAUGGACGUGGCCUCCAACAGAACUUUUACAGUGUGGGAGAUUGUCACAGGAUUUGUCCUUGGGUUAUGCUGCACUGAAGAUAGAAGGAAAGUGACCUGAAACCAAAGCAUUUUUGACUCCUCCACCUGCUGUGGUGACACACUAGCCUUGAAGGUGGCCCUGGGGCCCACAGCUGCUCCUGCAUAUCCUCCCAGGGUCUGUAGUCAAGAGCCCAGAGGGACAAGAGCUGAGAAUGAAGCGGAGAGCAUCAGACAGAGGAGCUGGGGAAACGUCGGCCAGGGUAAAGGCUCUAGGAAGCGGGAUUUCUGGAAAUAAUGCAAAGCGAGCUGGACCAUUCAUCCUCGGUCCUCGUCUGGGCAACUCACCAGUGCCAAGCAUUGUGCAGUGUUUGGCAAGGAAAGAUGGCACAGAUGACUUCUAUCAGCUGAAGAUCCUUACUCUUGAGGAGAGGGGUGACCAAGGCAUAGAGAGCCAAGAGGAGAGGCAGGGCAAGAUGCUGCUGCACACCGAGUACUCUCUGCUCUCGCUCCUGCACACCCAGGACGGCGUGGUCCACCACCAUGGGCUGUUCCAGGACCGCACCUGUGAAAUCAUUGAGGACACAGAAUCCAGCCGCAUGGUUAAGAAGAUGAAGAAGCGCAUCUGCCUCGUCCUAGACUGCCUCUGUGCACACGACUUCAGUGACAAGACUGCUGACCUGAUCAACCUGCAGCAUUACGUCAUCAAAGAGAAGAGGCUCAGCGAGCGGGAGACUGUGGUCAUCUUCUACGAUGUGGUGCGUGUGGUGGAGGCCCUGCACCAGAAAAACAUUGUGCACAGAGACUUGAAGCUCGGGAACAUGGUGCUCAACAAAAGAACUCAUCGGAUAACCAUCACCAACUUCUGCCUCGGAAAGCAUCUCGUGAGCGAAGGGGACCUGCUGAAGGACCAGAGGGGAAGCCCUGCCUACAUCAGUCCCGAUGUGCUCAGCGGCCGGCCAUACCGAGGCAAGCCCAGUGACAUGUGGGCCCUAGGUGUGGUGCUCUUCACCAUGCUUUACGGCCAGUUCCCCUUCUACGACAGCAUCCCGCAGGAACUCUUCCGCAAGAUCAAGGCUGCUGAGUACACCAUUCCUGAGGAUGGGCGGGUCUCUGAGAACACCGUAUGUCUCAUCCGGAAACUGCUGGUCCUCGACCCCCAGCAGCGCCUGGCUGCCACUGAUGUCCUAGAAGCCCUCAGUGCCAUCAUUGCAUCGUGGCAGUCCUUGUCUUCUUUGAGUGGACCUUUACAAGUGGUUCCUGACAUUGACGACCAGAUGAGCAAUGCGGACAGCUCCCAGGAGGCGAAGGUGACAGAGGAGUGCUCUCAGUAUGAAUUUGAGAACUACAUGCGGCAGCAGCUGCUGCUGGCCGAGGAGAAGAGCUCCAUACACGAGGCCCGGAGCUGGGUGCCCAAGCGGCAGUUCGGCAGCGUGCCGCCUGUGCGACGGCUGGGCCACGACGCGCAGCCCAUGACCUCCUUGGACACGGCCAUUCUGGCCCAGCGCUAUCUGCGGAAAUAGUGGCCUCGGCCGGGGGCAGCCAGCCCCAUCGCCACCUCUCCUGGCCCCCAGGCCCAGGGCCUGGCUGUCAGGGCUGGGUCUGUGGUGCUGGACUUGCCCAGGCUGGAGUAGGAACAGGGCAGGGACAGGGACAGCCCAAGUCACACGUGGGGUCAGCAGAGGUACACAAAGCUACCUUUUGGGAUGAUUGCUUGAUUGUUUGGUUUUUUAAUCUGAGAAGCAUAGAUAACUAAUCUGCUUUUAAUCAUGAUAUUUUAAUCUACCUCUGUCUCUUUAACCAUGCUGUCUCUGGACUGAGUGAUGGGAGGAGGGAGUCCACCCACGAGCCCCAGGCCCUGACCCAGCCUGCCAGCCUCCCGGCCGUGGGGGCCACUGCUCCCACAGUCCAAAUAAGCUGAAAGUGCAGCUUGCUGCUGGCUCCCAGACUGAAAGCCCACCUCCCUGCUCUCCCACAGUCCAUGCUGCCCCUCUUCUGAUCCCAGGCCCUCGGUCCAAGCUUUGGAAAACCUCCCCCUUCAUCUUAUACCGAAUUAAAGUAUAUUUAUUUUUUUACAGAACCAACUUCCCUCUCAUUUCUAGGUGGCCCAGCUCUUGGCCACGCCUUGCCCUAAACCUGGCAGGACAGCAGGGUGUGCAGCCCCCACUGGGCCUCCCUCCUAACCCCAGCCACAGGGAGCCCCUUGCCAGCCCCUCUGCUCCCAUCCCAGGCUCUGUUUCUGAUGGGGGCCUUUCUAGACUUGGCUGUUUCUUUUGUCAGUAGCUUCUCUGAGGUGCUGCAUGAUAGCCCUGCUUCCUUUUCCAUCUUUCACGUGGCACCCAGCUAGCCAGGAGACACGGCAGGCUGGGGAGGCGCGCCUGGGCCAGGCCUGGCCCAGGACUUGGCCCUACUUGUACCCCACUCUCCAGCUCCCCGCUACAUUGUUGGAACAAGCAGUGGGAUAUCUCCCUUCCUACCCCUGCUCCAGAGAAAAGGUGUCCUCCCCCCAACACAACACUGGCCAGGGGCCCCCAUGGGGCUGGGAGACUUGGGACAGACGUGUAGGGAUUGAGGUCCCGCCCUGCCUGGCUUGAGAACAGCCCUGCUACCCUUUGAGCCAUGAUUUUGAAGUGGAUGCCGGUCUUGCCAGAAAUGCUGUUCUCACCAGAAUGCCCUGCCAUGUGCUCUCCCUCCCUGGACUUGGCCCUGCCCAGUGUUAAGCACGAACCCUUCCCUGGAUGCCUACCCCGUGUGUCCUCUUGAGAGGCUGAGCGUCCCUUCCAAGCAUCCCCAGGCCCUUCCUGCCUGUCCUUGACCCCAGUGUUUCCCAGAGUGUGAGCUGCCUCCAAACCCCUAAAAAAGCUGACUCACUGUGAGCGACAUUGGGCAAGUUCCCAAACUUGUGCCUCAGUUUCCCCAUCUGGAAAAAAUGGGGCCACCUCUUGCCAGCAGUAGCAGGGCCACCCGUGCCCCUUCUUCCCAAUGUCCCAACCCAGCACUCGGGCACCUCUGGCCUCUGCCUCAGUGGGUCUGUGGGAGCCCACCACUUAUUCCCCAAGCACCCAGCUCUGCCUCUAGCUCAGCCAUCCAGCUGCUGAGAGCCAGGGCACGGUGCUGUGCUCUUUUCUAUAUUUAUUUGAUAUAAAAGUCUCUUAAAGGGGCAGAAAUGUGGCCAGCCUGGACUCCGAGCCCUGGGACUGUCCUCCGGUGGGGCGAGGGCCUACUGUAGUGGGGCCACCGCCCAGGACCCAAGGGCCUGCUUCCCACAUGAGGUCUUUCUCCUCCUUUUCAAAGCAAUAUCCUUGGGUCUGCACAGCCCCAUCAGACAGCCUGGAUCCUCCCCAGGGGAGCCCAGGGUCUGAUGGCAUUUCUGGAGACGCAUAAGAGGAGGCUGAGUCUGCCCUCGCUGGUGUCACACACUGAGAAGUCCUGUUGUAAAGAAACAAAAUGGAAAAUGUCACAAAAAAGUUUGUAUAAAGACAUAUUUUUGUACUACAUGGGGACUCGACCUGCAUGUCAGCAAUAAAACUUCCUUGUCUGGA